AUGACCUCCAUCGGGACGGGAUACGAUCUUACCAACUCAGUCUUCUCCCCUGAUGGCCGGAAUUUCCAGGUAGAAUACGCAGCAAAAGCCGUAGAAAAUGGAGGUACAUCGAUCGGAAUUAGAUGCAAAGAUGGGGUUAUCCUGGCCGUCGAAAAGAUAAUCACGAGUAAGCUUUUGAAAAUGGGCGCAAAUAGACGAAUUGCUACGGUUGAUAAGCAUAUGGGUGUGGUCUCAUCGGGACUUUUACCAGAUGGACGACAUUUCGAAUCAAGAGCUCGAGAUGAAGCAUAUCACUGGCGGAAAGUCUACAAAUCGCCGAUUACCACAGCUGACCUAGCUAGUCGAAUGGGCCAAUACCUUCAAACAUAUACAUUGUAUUCUUCGGUGAGACCAUUCGGCAUCACUGCAAUUGUUGCUGGAUGGGAUUCAGAGCUGGAGAUACCAAUCGAUGGCGAGGUAGGCAGCGGACCUUCUAGUGGCCCAGGGGGUAAGGUCGAAGGCGUCAAGUAUGGUGGGCCAAAACUUUACAUGAUUGAACCAAGUGGAAUGUACUGGGGGUACUACGGAGCAGCUACCGGUAAGGGUCGUCAAACAGCUAAGUCUGAGUUAGAGAAGCUGGACCUAGCAGCUGGCAAACUAAGUCUACUCGAUGGUAUUAACGAAGCUGCAAGGAUAAUAUACACUGCUCAUGCAGACAAUAAAGACAAGGAUUUUGAGCUUGAGAUGACGUGGAUUAGUGGUAAUGAGGGACCAACAAAAGGAGUACAUGAGCCAGUACCUAAACAUCUUUUAGUAGAAGCAGAGAGAUUGGCUAAGAGGGCAUUAGAGGGUGACGACGAUGAGGAUGAAACUAAAUCCGCGGACGGGGACAAGAUGGAGCUAUAA